AUGCCAAAAGUCAACAACCGCAAAUCUUAUAAAUUUGACCUAAAUAAGAUCAAAGAACGAAUCAUCAUACACUUGGAUGCCAUGUCCAAAGAGGGCAUACAUUUCCCAACAAACUUACCUUUAAUUGAUCUGUUGACACCUUGUACCCCUAAUAGUAAAUAUAAAGGAAGGAUCAUGUAUUCUCAAAAUAGCUUCUUCCUGUAUCGUAAAGAUAUUAGGAAUGAAAUCUUACGACAACAUCCAAAUGCAUCUUUAAAGGCCAUCACAACGAUAAGCUCGGAGAGAUGGAAAAAUGAAUCCGUUGAAAAAAGAAAUUUUUUUGCAGUACUCUCUAGAAUAAGUACUUUGAUACAUAAUGAACUUUCUGGUAAAUCAAGUCAAUUAAAUAACGAGGGAUUACUUUGGCCAACGGAAAUACCAUCAAUGGCGACGUUACAAAAUUCUUUUUAUUUACAACAAACGAGGGUUACGAACGAAUUUCAACAUCAAUCAUUCACUUCCAGUAAUACCGAUAAUUCGGAUCAAGAGACUGGGAGAUCAAAAUUUUUAAAAAUUCAAAAUUUGAUUAAUUAA